CAGCUGCAGCUUGUUGUCUGAUGGACUCUGAGAGUUUCAGUGUUCGGUCUGCAGCAGCUUCAUGAUGAAGAAGUUCAAACGUCCCGCUGCAUGAGGAUCGAUCAGCGUCAUCGAUCAGCGUCAUCGAUCUUCUAUCGGAGCAUUGAUCGAUCCGGAUUAGAGAUGGUGAUCCGGGUUUAUGUGGCGUCCUCCAGCGGCUCUGUGGCGGUGAAGAAGCAGCAGCAGGCCGUGGUGGGCUUCCUGGAGGCCAACAGGAUCAUGUUCCAGGAGGUGGACAUCACCAUGCAGGAGGACCAGAGGCUGUGGAUGUACAGGAACAUCCCCAGAGACAAACAGCCAGAGACAGGAAACCCUCUGCCUCCUCAGAUCUUCAACCAGGACCAGUACUGUGGGGACUAUGAGGACUUCUUCCAGUCAAAGGAGAACAACACUGUGUUUGCAUUCCUGGGCCUCACCCAGCCUCCUGUUAAAGAUUCAGAAUCGUAGAAGCUGCUGGAAACCUGAAAACCAGAUCAAAGUGAGGUCGCUUCAUCUCCCAGAAUCCUCCUCGGAGCAGAUUCACCUGUUGGACUGUAAAGUCCUGAAAGAACAUCAGAGCAAAGCUUCGUCUGCCAGAAACCAACCCUGAAGGUUCACCGUCUGAUUCUUUAAACUCUGCAGCAGCUCAGAGUCCACCCGAACCUGAACCCUUCUGGACCGAACCAGCUUCUAUGAGUCAGAACCUGAUGCAGAACUUUUGGAAAGCAAAUUAUUCUGAAUGUUUUACUGAAAUGUUCGCUGGAGUCUGUAAAAAAACAAAACCUCCUCAGAUUUAACAGCAGUUCAGAGCUCUGGGCUGAGCUGCAGGCAGUGUACUCCGUUUUACAGAUGAAAUGAACUCAGAUGAUUCAACAUGAAGCCGUUUGAUUAAAUGUUCUCACACUG